GACGGUAGUCCGCUAUGGAGAGUCGUUCGGACAGCAUUAAGGAUCCGAUUUAUUAUCCCUCGAUGCAGGAGGCUUUAUCCACGGAAUCGGCCGGAACUACCGUGGAACCGGAACCCAGCGAAAGAAGCAGAAGUUCCGUGGGUAGCCAGGACCUUGGUCUGGAGGAGAGCAGCGCGUUAAAAGUACCACGGAAAUUUAUCGUCAAUUGGCGACAGGCGUGCGAUCGUACCCGCGACAGGACCAAAGAUCUGUUGAAGAGAUGGCGAACGGUUUCGGCCAACGUCGACGAGGUCGUCGGUGUGCCUGUUACGAACAAACAACCUGACCAUCCUGGAUGGAGUGUGCACGUUUGGACGACCUGGGUGAGCCGAUAUCCCAGCGGCGAGAGCCUCGCGGCUAUAGAAGAGAUCGGAGCCAGUAAAGGAGGCAACAUAAGAGAUCUCGCUGUCAUUCAACGCGAUAAAUUCAGCCAUUUCUUCACGUACCUAUUGGACCACGAUAAAGAUGGUUUUAUAAACAGAAAAGAUUUUCGUAUGCUUUCGGAGCGAUUGAGAAGAUUCGCUGAUUGGUCGUGGAACGGAUCGGAAUACUUGCGGUUAAUGGAGGCCGAGCAAGGACUGGCGGAAUUGAUACUGGACGAGAAACAAUACGAGCUCGAAGGCGGUAAAAAGAUCAGUCUGGAGGAAUGGCUGAGUUGGUGGGCGCGAAUCGUUGCUCCGCCCGGGGGCGCGGCGUACAGCGAUAUGCCGUUUUGGUUGAAAAUCCUUCCGAGGAUAUUUUUCCUCGCGAUCAAUCAAUCCGCGAACGGGAUCAUUUCGAAGAAGGAACUCGCCUCUUUCUACGGAUCCGUCGUUGGCUUCGACUUGGAGAGAAUAUCCAAGGGUCUGGACAUCGCGUACAAUUCCAUGACAUCGAAUGGAGAUCAUCCUCUGGGUUGGCCACAGUAUCAACUAGUGUUCGCCAAUUUUCUGUUCGGACGGGGUCCAUUCGGUCCGGGGGAACAUUUCCUCGGGAUGACGGAUAACUGCAUGAUCCGAGGGAAUAAUGUACCGUUCCCGAUCGAUUAUUCCGCGAUGAACACACCGAAGGACAAGCUGGAAGUGUACAGUCCACAUUGCAGAAGCGCUCGUCGUAGCGUCGUCGUUUGA